AUGAAUUUUGAAUUUGAGAGGGAGACUGGAUUUAUAAACAGCCAGCCUUCUCUCGCAGAGUGCCUGACGUCCUUUCCCACUAUCCUGGAGUCAUUUCAAACUUCAUCAAUCAAGGACUCGACAUUAAUUCCUCCUCCUUUUGAGCACACCAUUCCCAGCCUCAAUCCCUGCACUAACGGCCAGGCGCGACCGAGGAGCCAAAAGCGAACCGCAAAUGGCCUCUUGCUCCGAACCGCGCACCAGCAGGGCCCGGCGGCACCGGAGAGCAACAGCCCGCUGGCACCGGAGUUCCCAUGGAUGAAGGAGAAGAAAUCCUCGAAAAAGUGCCAGAAACCCGGCUAUGCUACCGCCUCCCCCUCCCCCUCUCCCGCAUCCUCCGGCUUCGUUGCUUCGGGACUCGAGUCUCCGACAGAGGCGCAGAGCGGACCGGACAGCGGAAGCGGAUCCCGGCGGCUGAGGACAGCUUACACAAAUACACAGCUUUUGGAGCUGGAGAAGGAAUUCCACUUCAACAAAUAUCUGUGUCGACCGCGUCGCGUGGAAAUAGCAGCCUUAUUGGAUCUAACGGAGAGACAGGUCAAAGUGUGGUUCCAGAACCGCAGGAUGAAGCACAAACGCCAGACGACAUAUCACAAGGAAGGUAACGAGAGCGACACGGGCGGGUUCGAGCCCAUGGAAGGGACCGACGCCGCCUCUCCAUACUCGACUCGGCCCUUCGAGGCGUCUGGUUCCGCGGUCUCGGAAAGUGAGUCGUGUAAUUCGGCCUCCUACCCCAACAGCAAUGACAAUAACCAGCACACUCCCGAGGAGAGCCAGUCGACCCGCCCGGAGUCUGCGCCCACCCCUGACAAAAACCCACGGUUCCCCUUGUACCCAACGCCCACUGCUGAUAUCCCAGUAACAAUGGGCAAUGGUUGCGCAUCUGGCCUGGAUAAUACGUUCUCAGAGCCACAGGACGCCGCUUCACUCACCGAUUUGAAUUUAUUUACUACCGAUUCUUGCCUACAGAUUUCGGACGCUUUAUCGCCUAGUCUGCAGAGCUCACUUGACAGCCCUGUUGAUUUCUCCGAAGAAGACUUUGACUUGUUCACGAGCACCCUCUGUACCAUAGACUUACAACAUCUACAGUUUUAACCAAAAAAAAAACGAAAAAAAAAAAAUACGAAAAAAUAAUAAAGAAGACGACAACUGUAUUCGUUUUCAUAGAUCAUUGUGGCAUUUUGGUUUCAGAAACAUUUUCUUUACGUAUAUAAAAAAAAAAAACAUGUUAAAGGUAAACUAUAAUUAAACAAUUGUGAUGGGAGCAACUAUAACCUUUUUUUUGUUCCGUUUAGAUUGGGACUUCCCCGUCCAAAUUUCAGGUAUUUAUUCACGUUUUAUUUUGUGGAUGUACUUUUCGGUAAUUUAUUACGGACGGCUAAAUGUUGGGAAAGUGCAGCUCAAUCUUGAAUUCUCAGGAAAUUUACAUAAUGUGUUGGAUAGCCGGACUGCUUUUAGAGGUUCUCUUGAGACGGGCGUCUAGUCCCGCUGUGUGAAUUGUAGAAUUAGUUUAUUUAUUGAGAUUCUUUAAUAGCAAAUUGCAGAUAAUUUAUUGUACAUUAUUUUCAUAGUUGAAAUAAAAAACACUUAUUCUGGUGGA